AUGAUGGCUCGCCGAGUUGAGGAGGAUCUCCAAUGUCCGUCCUGUUUGGACAUCUUUAAGGAUCCCGUCUUACUGCCGUGUAGUCACAGCAUCUGUCGUACAUGUGUGGAGAAAUGGUGGGAGGAUAAAGACAGUCGGACGUGCCCAGUCUGUAGGACGGAGUGCAGAUCGAUGGAGCUCCCUUCGAACUUGGCUCUGAGGAACGUGUGCAUGGCCUUUUCACAAAUCUCAACGGAGUCAGAGGACAUCUGCCGCUCGCACAAGGAGAAACUCAAACUCUUCUGUUUGGACGACCAGGAGCUUGUGUGCCUCAUCUGCAGAGAUUCGGAAAUCCACACCAACCACAAGUUCCGCCCCAUUGAUGAAGUUGCCAAACAUGAGAAAAAGAAACUCCAAGAAGUCCUGCAGGAUGCAAAGAACAGACUGAAAGAUUUUAAUGAGAUAAGGGACAACUGCAAUGAAUUAUCCGACUACAACAAGGUCCAGAGGGACAAGGUGGAAAGCAAGAUUAAGAAGGAUUUCGAGGAGCUUCGGCACUUCCUGCAGGUUGAGGAGGAGGCCAGGUUGUCUGCUGUGAAGGAGGAAGAGAAGAAGAAGACUCAGAUGAUGGAGACGAAAAUUAAGGCUCUCAGUACAGACAUGGCCACUCUCUCAGACAUAAUCAGAACCGCAGAGGAGCAGCUGAUGUCUGACGACCUUUCCCUCGUGAAGAACUUCCAGACUUUGAUGACCAGAAUGCAGAACCUGCCCGACAAGCCCGAGCAGCUCCCAAGGGGAUUUCUCCUGGAAGAAGCCAAACACGUGGACAGUCGCCCGUGCCCAGUCUGUAGAACGGAGUGCAGAUCGAUGGAGCUCCCUUCGAACUUGGCUCUGAGGAACAUGUGCCAGGCCUUUUCACAAAUCUCAACGAAGUCGGAGGACAUCUGCCGCUCGCAUAAGGAGAAACUCAAACUCUUCUGUUUGGACGACCAAGAGCUUGUGUGCCUCAUCUGCAGAGAUUCCGAAAUCCACACCAACCACCAGUUCCGCCCCAUUGAUGAAGUUGCAAAAGAUAAGAAAAAGAAACUCCAAGAAGUCCUGCAGGAUGCAAAGAAUAGACUGAAAGAUUUUAAUGAGAUAAGGGACAACUGCAAUGAACAAACCAUGUACAUCAGGGUCCAGAGGGUGAAGGUGGAAAGCAAGAUUAAGAAGGAUUUCGAGGAGCUUCGGCACUUCCUGCAGGUUGAGGAGGAGGCCAGGUUGUCUGCUGUGAAGGAGGAAGAGAAGAAGAAGACUCAGAUGAUGGAGACGAAAAUUAAGGCUCUCAGCACAGACAUGGCCGCUCUCUCAGACAUAAUCAGAACCGCAGAGGAGCAGCUGAUGUCUGACGACCUUUCCCUCAUGAAGAAUUUCCAGACUUUGAUGACCAGAAUACAGAAGCUGCCCGACAAGCCCGAGCAGCUCCCAAGGGGAUUUCUCCUGGAAGAAGCCAAACACGUGGGCAACCUCAAGUACUACGUGUGGGAAAAAAUGAAGGAAAUGGUCCCCUACAGUCCCGUCAUUCUGGACCCCAACACAGCCCAUCCAGACCUCAGUCUGUCUGAAGACCUGACCACUGUGAGAUUUGGAAUAGACCAGCCGCACCCAAAGAAUUCUGAACAGUUCAAGUGGAAGGGUGUGCUCGGUUCUGCUUUGGCUUUGGGAACACACGUGUGGGAUGUUGAGGUGAGUGACAACACAAACUGGACAGUGGGGAUGUUGUUGGGGGAUCCUUGGCUGACAAAGACCGUGAAAGCAUGGAUUUUCACGCGUCGUCAAAUAAAAUACAAAAUGUUUGUACAAGACGUCUCUCGCACCGCGCAGUUGCAAUCAGGGGGCCAUGAGCUGAAACACAUCACAGACUGGACAUUGGUGGAUUGGUGGGGGGGUCCUUUUCUGCCAGAACCCAUGGAAGCAAGGGUUUUGCCACGGGUAAAUGUUGAGAGAACAAUCACAAACAGGAGAGACCAACCUGUGCAUCACGGAUUUUUUCGAGAGAAACUGCAGAGGAUCCGAGUUCAAGCGAACACCAAAGACGGAUCGGUUACAUUUUUCAACGGUGAUAACAAAAUGAAGUUGUACUGUUUCAACAAGCCCUAUAAUACCUCGUAUAUUAAUAACGAGAAAAUGUUUCCUUACUUUUGGACGAAUGGUAGAAAUCCUCUGAAAAUACGUCCACUUGAACUUCGUGUUAUGACUUCUUGA